AUGAUUAUCACUGUAUGGAAUGUGAGGGGUUUGAAUGACCCCUCUAAAGUAGCUGAUGUUAGGCAGCUGCUGAACAGGACUAAAAGUAAUCUGAUAUGUUUGCUUGAGACUAAAGUUAAACAACAUAAGAGUACAGGAUUGCAGAGGAAAAUUGGGUAUGGUUUAAAUUGGGUUUGUAACUAUUCUUGUUCUGGAAAAGGUAGAAUUUGGCUGGGGUGGAUGAGUGAUAAGUUGCGUGUUGAGGUUAUUACUAUUCACACUCAGUUUAUCCACUGUUGUAUUAGUAAUAUUGAUUACAGUAGACAGUUUUAUGUUACCUUUGUGUAUGGGCUUCAUAGCAUACAGGACAGGAAGGGUUUUUGGUCUAGUAUUGAGGCUAUUGGUCCUGCUGUUUUGCCUUGGCUAUGCACAGGUGAUUUCAACUCGGUUUUGCAGCAUCAAGACAGGAUCAAUGGCAAUGAUGUGACUGAUUAUGAAAUCAGGGAUUUCAGGAAUUUUGUGGAUUCUAUGAACUUUGUUGAGAUAAAAAGUAAAGGGUCCUACUAUUCUUGGUCUAAUAAGGCUCAUGUUGGAUCCCGUACUCUCACUAGAAUUGAUAGAGGAUUGGUGAACUUUGAAUGGUUACUUCAUUAUCCUACUGUUGAGGCUCACUAUCUGGCUCCUUCCCUCACUGAUCACUCUCCUCUUAUGUAUGAAGUGUUUCCUGCUCCUCCUAGUAAAGGAAGACCUUUUAGAUUUUUUAACUGCCUCAUUUCUCACCCUGAUUUCUUAGGGUUGGUUCUGGAAUGUUGGAGUGGUGGAGUCCCAGGUAAUGCUAUGUCCAGGGUUUGGAACAAGCUCAGAAACUUGAAGACUCAGUUGAAAACGCUUAAUAAGCAUUCUUUCAGUAAUGUUGACCAAAGAGUUUGUGAUGCGCAGUUGGCUUUGCUUGAUGUUCAGGAUUAA